GUGACCAUGCCUGCAGUCGGCCCAGCUCUUCUCCAGAUGCUCUGGGCUGGGUGGGUCCUUGCCCUCCAGCCCCCACCCCCGGCUGCCUUCACUCCCAACGGCACACAGCUGCAGCACUUGGCAAGAGACCCCACCUCAGGCACCCUCUACCUUGGGGCCACCAACUUCCUAUUCCAGCUGAGCCCAGGGCUGCAGCUGGAGGCCACAGUGUCCACUGGCCCUGUGCUUGACAGCAGAGACUGUCUGCCACCCGUGAUGCCUGACGAGUGUCCACAGGCCCAGCCUACUAACAACCCAAACCAGCUGCUCCUGGUGAGCCCAGGGGCCCUGGUGGUGUGCGGGAGUGUGCACCAGGGGGUCUGUGAACAGCGACGCCUUGGGCAGCUUGGGCAGCUGUUGCUUCGGCUGGAGCGGCCGGGGGACACCCAGUAUGUAGCUGCUAACGACCCUGUGGUCAGCACGGUAGGGCUGGUGGCCCAGGGCCUGGCUGGGGAUCCUCUCCUAUUUGUAGGACGGGGCUACACCAGUAGGGGCGUAGGGGGUGGAAUCCCACCCAUCACGACCCGGGCCCUGUGGCCAUUGGACCCCCAGGCUGCCUUCUCGUACGAGGAGACAGCCAAGCUGGCAGUGGGCCGCCUGUCUGAAUACAGCCACCACUUCGUGAGCGCUUUUGCACAUGGGGCCAGUGCCUACUUCUUGUUCCUGCGGCGGGACUUGCAGGCUCAAUCUCGAGCCUUCCGUGCUUACGUGUCCCGUGUAUGCCUCCGGGACCAGCAUUACUACUCCUAUGUGGAGUUGCCCCUGGCUUGCCAGGGUGGUCGGUACGGGUUGGUUCAGGCUGCGGCCGUGGCCAGGUCCGGGGAGGUGGCCCAUGGCGAGGUACUUUUUGUAGCCUUCUCUUCUGCUGCUCCGCCUGCUGUGGGCCGACCCCCAUCGGCAGCUGCUGGGGCCUCUGGAGCCUCUGCCCUCUGUGCCUUCCCCCUGGAUGAGGUGGAUCGGCUUGCCAAUCGCACGCGAGAUGCUUGCUACACCCGAGAGGGCCGCACUGAGGAUGGAGCCGAGGUGGCCUACAUUGAGUAUGAUGUCAAUUCCGACUGUGCACAGCUGCCUGUGGACACUCUUGAUGCCUAUCCCUGUGGUUCAGACCACACCCCCAGCCCCAUGGCCAGCCGAAUCCCACUGGAAGCCACACCAGUGCUGGAGUGGCCAGGGGUUCAGCUAACAGCCGUGGCGGUCACCAUGGAGGAUGGACACACUAUCGCUUUCCUGGGUGACAGUCAAGGGCAGCUGCACAGGGUUUACUUGGGCCCGGGCAGCGAUGGCCACCCAUACUCCACGCAGAGCAUCCAGCGGGGAUCUGCGGUGAGCAGAGAUCUGACCUUUGAUGGAGCCUUUGAGCAUCUGUAUGUCAUGACCCAGAGCACACUUCUCAAAGUUCCUGUGGCUUCCUGUGCCCAGCACCUGGACUGUGCAUCUUGCCUUGCCCAGAGGGAUCCAUACUGUGGGUGGUGUGUGCUCCUUGGCCGGUGCAGCCGCCAUUCUGAGUGCUCGAGAGGUCAAGGCCCAGAGCGGUGGUUGUGGAGUUUCCAGCCUGAACCAGUCUGUCUGCGAGUGUCAACCAUGAGUCCCACCAACAUCAGCCGUGAGGAGAGGAAAGAGAUAUUCCUGUCAGUGCCAGACCUGCCACCCUUACAGCUGGGGGAGUCCUACUCCUGCCACUUUGGGGAGCACCAGAGUCCAGCCCUGCUGACCGGUUCUGGGGUGAUGUGCCUCUCCCCGGACCCUAGUGAGGCCCCAGCAGUGCCAAGAGGAGCCGACCACAUCUCUGUGAUUGUGGAGCUCAGGUUUGGCACUGUGGUGAUUGUCAAGGCCUCCCUCUCCUUCUAUGACUGUAUGGCUGUCAGCGAGCUCUCUCCGUCUGCGCAGUGCCAGGCCUGUGUGAGCAGCCGCUGGGAGUGUAACUGGUGCGUCUGGCAGCACCUGUGCACGCACAAGGCCUCGUGUGAUGCCGGGCCCAUGGUGGUGAGCCAACGGAGCCCGCUUCUCUCUCCAGCCCCUCCUGCGGGCAGUGUGCCCAGCCCCUUCCCACCCACAACCCCUGCUCCUGACACCCUUCCCAUGGAGCCUGGGGCUCCUUCCCCGACCACAGCCUCAGAUACUCCACCAGGGACUAGACCUGCCUUGCUUAGCCCCUGGGAGCCGGGGAUAGGUCCCGGCCCCAUACCUGCUCCCAGUUCUCCGGAGCCACCUCUCCACAAGGAGUCUACCCUUCCAGACUCCCCCAAUAGACCUGGAACUGCUGUCCCCAUCCCCACUCUCUUUGGACCCACAGCCAUAUCUGAGGAUCAUCUGGCCCCCUACCCAUCUCCCUCUGAAGCAGCAGCCCUGCUCCCUGUCCCUACAGAGUCUGGCCCUGAGACCCUCCCCUCUGCGAUCCCCUUGGAGCAGCCCCCCGGCACUGCUCCUACUACCACUUUCCCAGGGGCUGCGGGCUCCAUGAGGCCUGCUCUGGACUGGCUAAUGAGAGAAGGCGGCGAGCUGCCCGAGGUGGACGAGUGGACAGGGGGUGACGCACCCGCCUUCUCCACUUCCACCCUCCUCUCAGGUGAUGGAGACUCGGCUGAGCACGAGGGUCCUCCCGCCCCUCUCAUCCUCCUGUCCAGCCUCGACUCCCAGUACGACACCCCCGGGCUCUGGGAGCUGGAAGAGGUGGGCUGGGGGGCGAAUGCCUGCCCCUGUGUGGAGAGCGUCCAGGGCUCCAUGCUGAUUCCUGUCCUCGUGGAGCGCCAGGUCCACCUGGUUGGCAGGAACCUGCGCCUCUUCCAGGCCAGCCCAGGACUGACUGAGUGUGUGAUGGAGCUGGAGGGCCGAGAGGUGGUAGUUGGAGCCAGUGUGGAGUGUGGGCCCCCUCCAGAUACUCGCUGCCAUGUCACCUGCCAGCCCCACCAGCUCAGUUAUGAGACACUCCUGCCAGAGCUCCACGUGGGGCUGUUUCUGCGCCGGGCCGGCCGCCUGCGUGUAGACAGUGCUGAUGGACUGCACGUGGUACUGUAUGACUGCUCCGUGGGACAUGGGGACUGCAGCCGCUGCCAAACUGCCCAGUCCCAGUAUGACUGUGUGUGGUGCGAGGGGGUGCAGCCGCGUUGUGUGGCCCAGGAGGCCUGUGGUCAGGCCGAAGCUGUGGCCACCCAGUGCCCUGCGCCCGUCAUCCACUCGGUGGAGCCACUGACUGGGCCUGUGGAUGGAGGCACCCGAGUCACCAUUAGGGGCUCCAACCUGGGCCAGCAUGUGCAGGACGUGCAGGACACGGUCACGGUGGCUGGAGUGCCCUGUGCAGUGGACACUCAGGAGUAUGAGGUCUCUAGCAGCCUUGUGUGCAUCAUUGGGGUCAGCCGGGAGGAAGUGUCAGGCCCCGCGAUGGUGGCGGUAUUGGGAAGAGGACAUGGUAUUUCUGAACGUGACUUUACCUACCAGGAUCCAGAGGUGUACUCCAUCUUCCCGUCUCGUGGCCCCAGAGCUGGGGGUACCCAACUCACCCUGCGAGGCUCUAAGCUUCUGACUGGGAGCCUGGAGGACAUCCGAGUUGUGGUUGGAGACCAGCCGUGUCACCUGCUGCCAGAGCAACAGUCGGAGCAGCUGUGCUGUGAGACCAGCCCGUACCCCAUACCUGCUUUGCUCCCUGUGGCCGUGUGGUUCGGGGUUGCUGAGAGGAGGCUCCGACACAGCCAGUUCCAAUACACUCCAGACCCUAACAUCACCUCCGCCAGCCCUGCCAAAAGCUUCCUCAGUGGAGGACGAGAGAUAUGGGUCCGUGGCCAGAAUCUGGAUGUGGUGCAGACCCCAAGAAUCCGAGUGACCCUCACCCUGAGAGUGCUGAGGUCUGACCAGGGGCUUGGUCGGAGACGUCGAGUGAUCCCGGAGACAGUGUGUUCCCCCGGAGCCUCCUGUGGUGGCCAACACUUUGAAGAGCCAUGCUAUGUGAACUCCUCCCAGCUUAUCACAUGCCGCACGCCUGCCAUCCCGGGUCUGCCUGAGAGCAGGGUCCAGGUGGAAUUUGUCCUUGACAACCUGAUCUUUGACUUUGCUACAUUGAACCCCAUACCUUUCUCCUACGAGGCUGACCCCACACUGCAUCCCCUCAACCCAGAGGAUCCCACCAUACCAUUCCGACACAAGCCUGGGAGCGUGUUCUCUGUGGAGGGGGAGAAUCUGGAUCUUGCAAUGUCCAAGGAGGAGGUGGUGGCCAUGAUAGGACACGGUCCCUGCAUGGUGAAGACACUGACCCGGCACCACCUCUACUGCGAACCUCCCACGGAGCAACCCCUGCCCCGACACCAUGCCCUCCGGGACGCACCUGACGCUUUGCCCGAAUUCACGGUGCAGAUGGGGAACUUGUACUUCUCCCUGGGUCGUGUUCAAUACGAUGGCGAGAGUCCCGUAGCCUUUCCUGUGGCGGCCCAGGUGGGCUUGGGGGUGGGCACCUCUCUUCUGGCUCUGGGUGUCCUCAUCAUUGUCCUCAUGUACAGAAGGAAGAGCAAGCAGGCCUUGAGGGACUACAAGAAGGUGCAGAUCCAGUUGGAGAAUCUGGAGAGCAGUGUGCGGGAUCGCUGCAAGAAGGAGUUCACAGACCUCAUGACCGAGAUGACUGAUCUCACCAGUGACCUUCUGGGCAGUGGUAUCCCUUUCCUCGACUACAAGGUGUACGCUGAGAGGGUCUUUUUCCCCGGGCACCGGGAGUCACCCUUGCACCGGGACCUUGGUGUGCCUGAGAGCAGGCGACCCACUGUGGAACAAGGGCUAGGACAGCUCUCCAACCUGCUCAACAGCAAACUCUUCCUAACCAAGUUUAUCCAUACGCUGGAGAGCCAGCGCACCUUCUCUGCGAGGGACCGGGCCUAUGUGGCAUCCCUGCUUACAGUGGCACUGCAUGGGAAGCUCGAGUACUUCACCGACAUCCUCCGCACCCUGCUUAGUGACCUAGUGGCCCAGUAUGUGGCCAAGAACCCCAAGCUGAUGCUGCGCAGGACAGAGACUGUGGUGGAGAAGCUCCUCACCAACUGGAUGUCCAUCUGUCUCUACACCUUCGUGAGGGACUCGGUAGGGGAGCCUCUGUAUAUGCUAUUCCGAGGAAUUAAGCACCAAGUGGACAAGGGACCUGUGGACAGUGUGACUGGAAAAGCCAAAUAUACCCUGAACGACAACCGCCUGCUCAGAGAGGACGUGGAAUACCGGCCCCUGACAUUGAAUGCGCUCUUGGCUGUGGGGCCUGGGGCAGGAGAGGCCCAAGGCAUGCCUGUGAAGGUGCUGGACUGUGACACCAUCUCCCAGGCUAAGGAGAAGAUGCUGGAGCAACUUUAUAAAGGAAUACCUCUUGCCCAGCGACCGGACUCCCGCACCCUGGAUGUUGAGUGGCGGUCUGGGGUGGCAGGACACCUCAUUCUUUCCGACGAGGAUGUCACUUCGGAGGUCCAGGGUCUGUGGAGGCGCCUGAACACCCUGCAACACUACAAGGUCCCAGAUGGAGCAACUGUGGCCCUCGUCCCUUGCCUCACCAAACAUGUUCUCCGGGAAAACCAGGAUUAUGUCCCUGGAGAGAGGACUCCGAUGCUAGAGGAUGUGGAUGAGGGGGGUGUCCGGCCUUGGCACCUGGUGAAGCCAAGUGAGGAACCUGAGCCCCCUAGGCCUCGGAGAGGCAGUCUGCGGAGUGGGGAGCGUGAGCGAGCCAAAGCCAUUCCCGAGAUCUACCUGACACGCUUGCUGUCCAUGAAGGGGACCCUGCAGAAGUUUGUGGAUGACCUGUUCCAGGUGAUUCUCAGUACCAGCCGCCCUGUGCCAAUCGCUGUGAAGUACUUCUUUGACCUGCUGGAUGAGCAGGCCCAGCAGCAUGGCAUUUCUGACCAGGACACCGUCCAUAUCUGGAAGACCAACAGCUUGCCGCUGAGAUUCUGGAUCAAUAUAAUUAAAAACCCGCAGUUUGUGUUUGACGUGCAGACGUCUGACAACAUGGACGCAGUACUCCUCGUCAUCGCACAGACGUUCAUGGAUGCCUGCACUCUGGCUGACCACAAGCUGGGCCGGGACUCCCCCAUCAACAAACUUCUAUAUGCUCGGGACAUCCCCCGUUACAAACAGAUGGUAGAAAGGUAUUAUGCAGAUAUCAGACAGGCCAUCCCAGCCAGCGAUCAAGAGAUGAACUCCAUACUGGCUGAACUGUCCCGGAACUUCUCUGGAGAUCUGGGGGCACGGGUGGCCCUACACGAACUCUACAAGUACAUCAACAAAUACUACGACCAGAUCAUCACGGCCCUGGAGGAAGAUGGGACAGCCCAGAAGAUGCAGCUGGGCUACCGGCUCCAGCAGAUUGCAGCCGCUGUGGAAAACAAGGUCACGGAUCUGUAG